CCUCUUCUUUCUCACUGUCUCCUCUCUCACCACCCCCUUCUUUCCUUUUCUCUCUCUCUCUCUCUCUCUCUCUAGCCUAGUCAACCUCAUGUCUUCCUCACUUUGUUCCAUAUUAAACCAACACCAUUCUCUCUUUCAUUCCCUCUCUCUCUCUCUUUUAGAGUGAUCAAUCUCCAUCCUCUCAAUCUCUCAAAUUCAAAUACCCACAAUCUCUAUUCAAACCAUCAAUACAUGCUAUAUAUAUAUAUAUAUAUAGACAAUAUUGUCUACUUAAUUCGUGUGUGAAUUAGAGAUCGAGCUGGUGAUUCAAAAUGUGGAUGAUGGGUUAUAAUGAUGCAGGAGAGUUCAACAUGCCUGCAGACUCAUUCAGUGGCAGAAAACUUCGACCGCUUAUUCCAAGGCCGCUGGCUUCUGCCAACAACAUUACCACCGCAACAACAUUUCCAAGCCGUCUUCAUGGCACUGAUUUCCUUUCACAAUAUCACCAUCUGGCAGCUGUGGCUGAGCAGAACAAGAAGGAGUUCAAUACUCCGCCGGUUGUGGUGAGCUCGAGGUGGAAUCCGACGCCGGAGCAGUUGAGGGCUCUUGAAGAAUUGUAUCGACGUGGGACUCGGACCCCAUCGGCUGAUCAAAUUCAGCAUAUUACUUCGCAGCUCCGAAGAUACGGUAAGAUUGAGGGGAAGAAUGUUUUCUACUGGUUCCAAAAUCACAAGGCAAGAGAGAGGCAGAAACGCCGCCGUCAAAUGGAAUCGGCUUCCGAUACUGAAAUCUUAGAGAGGAAAGAAUUAGGGGCAAGUAGGACAGUCUUUGAAAUUGAACAGACCAAGAACUGGGCACCCCAUACAAACUGCAGUACUCUAGCAGAGGAAUCUGUCUCAAUUCAAAGGGCAACAAAAGCAGCAGUGGCAGAAUGUAGGACAGAUGGAUGGAUCCAAUUCGAUGACGGAGAAUUACAGCAAAGAAGAAACUUUGCGGAAAGGAAUGCCACGUGGCAGAUGAUGCAGUUGUCUUGUCCUUCUCCUCCCACCCACCUCAUAAACAGCCCUGCUACUCCUACUGUCACUACAAACACAGCAACAACAGUAAGAACAACAAUGGACCAAAAGCUCAUUAAGACUACUCAUGACCUCAACAUCUUUAUAGCACCCUACAGAGGAAAUGGUCUCAGCCAGUACUACUUCAAUGGUGUCGGCAAUGAAGAAGAUUGCAUUGGGGAAUCUCAAACACUUCAACUCUUCCCUCUCCGGAGCAGCAGUGACCGGAACGAUGGCAAUAAUAACCAAAAAGAGACAGAGCUAUCAGUUUCAUCCAUGAAUCUCAACUUCACUACUCCUCACCAGUUUUUUGAGUUCCUUCCAUUGAAGAACUAAACCAAUCAACGCAUAGUUUAAUAUAUAUAUCUAUAUCUAUAUCUAUAUCUAUAUAAGUGUUGGUAAUAGGCAAUGGUAGGGGCUUAUCAGAUUGCUGUUUGUGGAAGAAGAUCAUCGGUUGAGCUGGGAUUGAUGUUGUAAUCUUAUUGGAAAAUGGAACUUUUUUUUUUUUUUUUCAUCUAUAUAUUAUUUAUGAUGUAAAAUUUCAUGGGUGUGCAAUGGUAGGAUGGUGGUGUGAAAUUAAGGUUGCCUUAAAAUGCAUAUGGACCAUGUUGGUUGCUGAAUCAAUGAAAACAAACAUUUAAGAGAAACUGGAGAGAGAGAGAGAGAGAGAGAGAGAGAGAGAUGGGUCCUCGACUGAAGGGAUCUGAAAUGUUGGAAGUAGAUGUGAGAGAUUGAUGUUGAAA